GAGUGGACAAUCAUAAAAUCGAUAGGCCCAUAAAGACUGGGUGGGCCAGCCCGAUCCGGCAAUCCCAAGUCCCGAAUCUGGCACUAGAUAUUAGAAAAUUUGGGAAUGGGAGUGAAAGAGGACGACGAAAUCUGAUACUCCUAUUUUGGUAAUACAAAGAAAAUUUUAUUGAAAGAAGAAAAUCGCGAGUGAUAGGAUGGAUGGAAUCGGAGAGGAGGGGGGAGGAAUAAGGCUGAGAAAGAAGUUCCCCGAUGACAACAAGCCUGGCUCUUCCGCCGAAGUUGACUACAAGACAAAACCUGGCACCGCUUGGAGCCAUUCCUAUCUCAACCAGAAACCAUGGCAUCCCCUCUCCUACCCUAACCAACGCCGCAAAUGGAUCGCUGAGCAGACCCAUGCCCAGCGCGUGCGCCGUGCCGAUGAAGUCGCUCGCGAGUAUGCCCAAGAGCAAGAAUUCUUUCGCCAGACGGCUCUAAUUUCCAAAAAAGAGAAGGAAAAGGUGGAGAUGAUGAAAGCUGUUAGCUUUAUGUAUGUUCGUCCGCCUGGUUAUAAUGCUGAAAGUGCCAAAGCGGCCGAGAUUGCUGAUGAGAGGAAAAAAACUGAUCAUAACAACGUAUCCGAUGAUCAUUCUACCGAUGUGCCUUCCACAGCAAUGCAGCCGGAAUCUUUGCCCGGUGGAGGUGCUACUACUCAAGAGAAACGGAAAUCAAGACCUAAAGAUGUUUUUGGACGUUCUUUACCAACAGAGGAAGAGUUUGAAGUUCUUAAAAACGCUCCACGGCUGGAGACUGGUGUUCCUGGUAGGGUUAAACCAUUUGCUGUUGAAGUCCGUAAUGUAAAAUGUCUUAGAUGCGGAAAUUAUGGUCACCAGAGUGGUGAUCGUGAUUGUCCAUUGAAGGAUGCUAUAAUGCCGAAUGAAGAGAGUCGCUUAAAAAGAGAUGAUCCAUUGACUGCUAUCAUGGCCCAAAUGGAUCCUACUGAGCCUCUGAAGUGGGAGCUAAAGCAAAAACCAGGUAUGAGUCCUCCUCGCGGUGGAUUUCAACCAGAUGAUCCCAAUCAACAAAUAGUUGCUGAGGAUAUAUUUGAUGAAUAUGGAGGAUUCCUUAGUGGGGGUAAUAUCCCUGAUUUGUUGACUAACAUCUCGUGCAAACCCAAGAAAAGGAAGUCCUCAAAAAAAAGUAAACACAAGAGGAAUUCAUCUCCAAGUACUUGGGAUGCCGAUGUUCCUAAUCAAGAUGGCUUAUCCUCAAGUUCUGAUGAUGAUGAGAAGAAGUCAAAGAAGAAGAAAACCAAGAAGAAGAAAUGGCGGAAUUAUUCUGGGUCAAGUUCUGAUGAUGGUGCAGAGUUUGAUAAGCAUAAGAGGCAGAGAAUAAACAAGCAUUCUUAUUCAUCAGAAGACUCUGACUCUGGCAGGCAAUACAGGACUAAAGAAAGGCGAGAAAAGCGUUCAUAUACAUCUGAAGAUUCUGAAUCUAAUCCAGAAUGCUGUGGUAAAAAGAGCAGGUCAAAGCAUUCUUAUUCAUCUGCAGAGGACUUUGAUAGGCAUUAUAGGAAGGGCAAACAUAAGCGAUCUUACACACCUGAAGAUUCCGACUCUGGCAGGCAUGAUAGGAAGAAAAAGAGUACCCGAAAGCCUUAUACUUUGGAUGAAACGGAUGCUGAUAGACGCAGGAUGAGUCAAAAGAGCAGACAAAGGCAUUCUAAUUCAUCCGACAAGAAUCAUAGGCAUGAUAGGAAAAGCAAAAACAAGCAUUCCUAUUCAUCCGAAGACUCAGACUGCCAUAGGCAUGAGCCUAGGAAAAAGACUAUGCAAAAGCCUUACAACUCAGAAGAUUCAGACAUUGUUAGGCAUAAUAGUAGGAGGGAAAAGUACCGACUUAAGCAUCAUUAUUCAUCUGAAGAUGACGCUUAUAGACAUCUUAAAGGUGAAAAGAGUUGGCAUAAGCCUUCAUCAUCAUGCGGAUAUGACGAUUAUUCUAACUCAGGUUUAGAGCGCAGAAGUAAACAUCAUCGUCAUCACUGAAACCAUAAAGUUCCCAUAAUUUGCACUACACUGAGAAUCUGGUCGUUUGAUUCUUUUUUAGCAUAUACCGGAAUAUGACGAUGAUGAAGAGUAGGGGAAGUAUACUAUUUUGAUAGCUUAGAAGCAUAAGAAAUGGAGUAUCCUUGUCAAAAUCAUAUGUACACGUUCAUAAUUUCAGUUUUGCUAUCAAAGGCAUUUUUGUCUGCUAAACUUCAAUUGUACCUGGUUUUAUGGCUUAGAUUUCGAGUCAGCCUUGAACCUGAUGAAGUUAAAUGGACGCUGACCAUCUCGUCGGGUGUUUAGAGAUUGAUGAACCAUCGAGUUUCUCUUUGUAAAACAGAUUUAUGCAAAGCUUGGAGGCAUUUGUUGCGCGUA